AGUCGAUGUGAAUUGUGAUGUUAUACACACUGUGCGUAAAAGGAUAACGCACGUAAUCCAAAAGCAAAGGUUCGGAGACGCCCAUUUCGUUUCACUCUUUUUUUGUGCGUAAAACCUACAGAAACAAAGGCAAGAGAAAGUGAACUAACCGAAGAAGAAAACCAUGGGAAUGCCGCUAGUUUCCAUUGCUUCAGCUCCCAAAAGCGCCUUUGUUCCCAAUUCCAUCUCUCUACCUUCAAUUAAGGUGCGUAAUAUUCCAUCUUCAACAGCUUCCACCGGUGGGUUGUCGAUAGAAUGUUCGUCGAGGCCGCAGAAGAAGGCAACGAAGCAUCAUAUGAAGACCAGGCCACGCAAGACGCAGCCAUGGGACAUAAGGAGGAAGCCCACCGUUUACGCUCCUUUGCCUCCGCUGCCUCCUGAUUGGGCCUUAGUUUCAAGCGGCGGAGAAAAUGAUGGCGCCGAUGUUGCUGAGGUUGGUCUUGCUGGCUCUGCUCUACAGGCUCCUGCUUCAACCGGGUAGUUUAUUUGUUCACUGUUCAUUGUUAUGUCGGUUGUACCGUAUUUGCUUCUCCAGGUUUUUUGAAAUAUGAUUUAAUUAAACUGAAAAAUGUACUCUGAUGAACAUCUAUGCAUUUAAACCUGUCUUAGAUUUCGAGGUGAAUUUGCCUUUAAUUUAAUUUCAGUUUUUCUAAAAAAUUAUACCAACGUUUCCAAGCUUAUCUUCUUUCUAUUCUUCAAUAAGUAUAAUGCUAACAGUAAGACAUUGCCAAGAGGAUACCCUUUGUCUUGAUAGUAGUUGAGAUUCAUCCAUCUGUGAAUUUUGAUUGAAAAUUUGGGUUAUCAGUUUUGAUUUAACAUCUAUAGUGUUUUGGGGAUUGGGAAUAAAAAAUGAAGUACAUAUAAGUUCUACUUCAGACUACUCUACUGUCAUAAAAAACAAAGAAAUUUGAAAGAACAAAACAAUGUGUAUUUAAUAAAAAGAUGAAACAUCAGAUGAUGUUAUUGGCUGGUUGCAGAAAGAGCUCCACCCAUCAACAUGUUUACAUGCAACAGCAAAAGGGUAAAUACAAAGUAGAAGAAAAGAAUUGAGCCACCACAAAUCUGA